UCUUCUUACAGAAUACAUGAAGAUCAUUGCUAUUUUCUACUACCCGCUCCUGUACUAUCCCCUGCUGGUGUGCGGCACCCUGCAGCUCAAAGCGGGCUACGUGUUCGGGACCCUGCUGUCCUUCACCCACUUUGGGGUCCUGGUGUGGCAGAAGUUCGACUGUCCCAAGACUCCCGAGAUCUAUAAGUACUACGCGCUGCUAGCCAGCCUGCCCCAGCUAGCCUGCCUGGCCUACCUCUGCGUGCAGUUUCCCGUGCUCUUCAUCAAAGGGCCGAAGGCCGACGAGGACCUUGACAGCAGCUACUACAACAACUAUGUGAAAUCUCUUCUUAAAAGAAAGUCCUUGUCCACCAGUUCGGAUUUAGAAAAGCCAUCUCUGGCAAAGAGGAUCCUGGAGGUGGCCAAAGGUUACAUCUACACACCCGAAAAAGUGUUCCGUUUUCCGCUCAAACUGGCAGUGUCGUCCUUCAUCACGGGCGUGGCCAUCUAUCAGGCCGCCCUGCUGCUGGUGGUCCUGGUGGUGCCCACCCUGCACAUCGUCCGGGCCGGUAUCGACGAGAACAUCGCCUUCCUGCUGCUGGGCUUCGGCAUCGUGCUGUCAGACGACCGCAUGGAGGUGGUCCGCAUCGUGACCUUCUACACCUGGCUGCUGGAAGUGUGCUACCUCUGUGCCAUGACCCUGUCCUGUCUGGUCAGUAUUUUCAUGCUCAUGAGGUCCAUGGUUCUGCACAGGUCGAACCUGAGGGGACUGUACAAGGGCGACGUUUACAGCAUCUAUAAGAGCCAGAAGACCAUCCGGCCCUCUAAAGUCGGGGUGGUCUGCUGGAUGGGGCUCACGGGGUACCAGGCUGCCAUCGUCUGCCUCGGAAUGGCCAUCCAGACGCUGGUGUUCUUCAUCUGCUUCCUGUUCCUGGUGUUUCUCAUCAUCAUCCCCGUGUUUCACGGCCGGAACAUCGUCGUGUUUGAGGUUGCAGGAAAGGCCUGGCCUGUGUGGGUCACCCUCCUGCUGGUGACCGCCCUCCAGCACCUGACCGCAAAGUUUCUGUUCAUAAAGAACGAGGCCGGGACCAGAGAUUUAAAGAACAGGGAGAGUCUGUUCCUGCUGACCUACCUGCUGUUCGUGGUCAACAUUGUGGUGGGGCUGGUGGUGGCCAUAUGGAGGAUGGUGAUAACCGCCUUGUUCAACAUCAUCCACCUGGGCCGUGUGGACAUCAGCCUCCUGCACCGCACGGCGGAGUUCUACGACCCGGCCUACAGCUACUACGCCAGCUUCCUGAAGGUGGAGGUCAGCCAGUCGCACCCGGUGCUGAAGGCCUUCUGCGGGCUGCUGCUGGACGCCAUGGUGGAGGGCGGAAGAGCCGGGCAGAAAAUACGAGAUGCGGAGGAAGGGAUUCAGGAGAACCGGCCCGGCAAGGCGACCAGCAGCCGGAGGAUCUGCGCCCGCUGGCAGCUGCUCUACACGCUGGUGAAGAACCCCUCCCUGCUGGGCUCCAGGAAGCACUUCCAGACCCUGCAGAGCUCGGGAAGCGUCCUGAACGGCACCCCCAACCGCACCACCAAGAAGGGCAGCGUGAGGGAGGCCGGGGAGCCGGCGGCCGAGCCGGUCCAGGCCCCAGAAACCCCAGCAGGCCAAGAAAAAACCGAAUGAAAGCCCUCUUCUACACCCUGAACAAACAAGCAGAGUGUUCGAUGUGUGUUCUGCCACAUGCUGCUUUGAUUUAGAAACUCUUUUAGCUGAAAACCUCAUUUAACCUUGUGAGUCUAUCACUCAAAUGUCCAUUUCUGCUGUAUUUGCUUAUUUUCACCUUUCAAGGCGCUUCAUAUACGCUGAUACUCCAAGUGAAAACGCACAGAGUGAGCUCUGAAUGAAGAAUGAAUAAGAACAAACUUGUACUGGACUCGGUGACAAAAAAAUCAGGCUUCCAAGCUGGAAAUGUGGACUUUUCUAUGUGUUAAACAGCAAUGGGGGAAUUAGCGGGAUGCUGCGUUUGAGGACCAAAAGCUCCCCAUGAACAAGACAGAGGUGUGUUACACAGGAAAAACUAUGUAAAUGUGUGUGCUAUUAUUUCUGUGCAUGGCUUAAAUGGUUU